UGACAGCCAAUGGCACUGAGCACAAAUAAAGACAAGUCUCAGUUAACAUUUGGUAUUAUAGCUGAUAUUCAAUAUGCUGAUCACAAUGAUGGCCCAGAUUUUUCAAACACUAAGACGCGGUAUUACAGAAGUUCUCUCAAACUUGCCAGAAAUGCAAUCGAAAAAUGGAAAAGUAUGGAAGAUCCUGUAGCAUUUGUUAUUCAGUUAGGGGACCUUAUUGAUAGACAUAGCACGUUUCAAAAUAAUGGCAGCGACGAGGCAUUUCUUAUGGUAAUGGAAAUAUUGAAUAAUUUAAAGGCCCCUAUCUUUCAUGUCAUUGUUGCUGUUGAUGCUUAUGAACUAAGCGUGCUAGGAUACGAUGACAAGUCAAAUGAUGACAAUUUUAGAACCGGGCAACAGUUGCUCCAGCAAAAUAACCCAAACAAGGAUUGGAAUGACACAUCAGGUUUAGAAGGAUUGAAUAAGCGCUGGGCAGCUUACAAUGGCGGAGUCAGUGAAAAACAAUUGGAAUGGAUGUCUGAAACUCUCCAAGCCGCUCAGGAGAAUGAAGAAAAUGUCAUAAUUAUUACCCAUGUCCCACUACUGAGUAAGGAUGGGAUCUGCCUGACCUGGAACUAUGAAGAAAUAUUACACACCAUCUCUAAAUAUAACUGUGUGGUGGGCGUGUUCUCUGGCCAUGAUCAUUCAGGUUGGGAUGUUGUGGAUGAAAAUGGUAUUCAGCACAUUACCUUUCAGGGCGUCAUUGAAACGUCACCAGACGGAAACGCCUUUGCUACUGCGCAUCUCAUGGACGAAAGUUUGGUUAUAGAUGGAGUAGGGCGUGUUCCCAGCUUUGUGAUACCACUGCGUUACUGCAUUAAGACCACAGUAGAGAGUACCCAACUUUGGAAUACCACUUCGUUACUGCAUUAA